CGCCGAGAGUUGGGUGGAUAACAACAUGUUUUGUAUAGGAGUAAUCUAGUGACGAGGAAACUACUUCAUUAGAUUUUACACCAUAAAAUAUAAGUUGUUUUCAACAAGAUUUAUUUUAUCGGUGAUUUACCUUUGAUAUUGACGCUGGUGAUGCAACUCCUUAAUUAUCACCAGGCAUACAUAUAUUUGUCGACACCUGAUUGAUUCAGCAAAUACAGAUGUUAUAAAGAACAUGGCCACCUUUUACAGAAAACUCGAAUAUUCCAGCCUAGUUGUUUUAUUUUGUGUAAGCAAUGCUUUUGCUAAAACCUAUACAAUAAAUGUGGACAAGGAUGAGUGCGAGUAUUACCAAACCCACACAGUCAACCAGUUUCAGACUUAUGAGAUCGUCUGGCACGGUUACGCCAUUAAAGGCUGUGGGGUGGGAUUUUACGCCGUAGGGGACAGCAUCUUCUCUUUUGAUGACUACAAGAUCUGUGUCAAACCUGUUGUAUGGGAUAUGGAAGACUGUUCCUCCCAGCUGUAUCUCAGAUAUAACAGUGUCAAGACUGUUGCAUGUACUGAUAAAGAGCCAGAAACCCUUUGCUAUGAUCCAGGGGUAAAUUUGGAUAUUGAUGUGAAAAUGCACGAUGAGCUGGUCUGGAAAGUGAACACAACCAGCUUUACAUUAAAAGUAUACGCCAAGGACACUACGUACUACGGCGUGGGGCUGGUAGCAGCCUGUAUUAUUCUGUGGCUCAUUAUAGUGGCGGUUUGUACUCUAGCCAGGAGACGACAGCGGUCAGCGACAGGGCACCAACGCAGGUCACGCUCAAUAUAUAGUCUGCCAGGUAUCGAAAAUUUGAACUUUACACCAACGGACGGUCCAAGCCCACCUCCAUAUUCGCCAAAUGAUGAACACCCCCCUCCGCCUUACUCCGCGGAAGAUCUUUUAAAAAGGGAUAACUCAUUGUCACACAUCUAGAUCUUAUAUCGAUUUUUUAUGAUUUUCAUUUUUUUUUCAUUAAAACUUCAAAGCUG